GCCCGCGGUGCCUUCCACUGCUGCUCCAGAGGACUCGCCUUCGGAAGAUGAACAGGAAGUGGUGGUGGAGGUUCCCAAAGUUGUUCAGAACCCUCCCAAACCAGUCAUGACCACCAGACCCACAGCCGUUAAGGCAACAGGAGGUCUGUGCUUACUUGGUGCUUAUGCUGACAGUGAUGAUGAUGAGAGUGAUGUUUCUGAAAAAACAGCACAAUCCAAAGAGCCAAAUGGAAACCAGUCAACUGACAUUGAUAGUACGCUGGCCAACUUCCUAGCGGAGAUUGAUGCUAUAACAGCACCUCAGCCUGCAGCUUCUGUGGUAGCUUCUGCUCCACCUCCAACUCCACCUCGACCAGAACCAAAGGAAGCAGCAACAGCUGCCCUUUCUUCCACCUCAUCAAAUGGAACCGACCCAGCCCAGACACUAGGGUGGCAUUAUGAUACUCAGUGUUCACUGGCAGGAGUGGAAAUUGAGAUGGGAGAUUGGCAAGAGGUCUGGGAUGAGAACACAGGUUGCUAUUAUUAUUGGAACACACAAACAAAUGAAGUAACUUGGGAGCUACCCCAGUAUCUUGCCACACAGGUGCAGGGAUUACAGCAUUACCAGUCCAGUUCUGUAACAGGUACUGAAGCUGGUUUUGUGGUAAAUACAGACGGAUAUACGAAAGAGAAAACUGUUUCUGUUUCCAGUAAUAAAAGUGGACCCGUCAUAGCCAAACGAGAAGUUAAAAAGGAAGUGAAUGAAGGAAUCCAAGCCCUUUCCAACAAUGAGGAGGAGAGGAAAGGGGUGGCAGCUGCAUUGCUCGCUCCCUUACUGCCUGAGGGAGUAAAAGAGGAGGAAGAAAGAUGGAGAAGAAAAGUAAUUUGUAAAGAAGCAGAUCCAGUGUCCGAGGUUAAGGAAGCAAGCACAGCAGAAGAAGAAACUGGGACGAUCAUAAAGGCACAGGAAGUUACCCUGGACAGCUUAGAAGACCCUUCUCAGGAGGACCUUUGCAGUGUUGUUCAGUCUGGAGAAAGUGAGGAGGAAGAAGAGCAAGAUACUCUGGAGCUGGAGCUAGCCUUGGAAAGAAAAAAAGCAGAGUUACGAGCCUUGGAAGAAGGAGAUGGUAGUGUGUCAGGGUCUAGUCCACGUUCUGAUAUCAGCCAGCCAGCAUCUCAGGAUGGAAUGCGUAGACUCAUGUCUAAAAGAGGAAAAUGGAAGAUGUUUGUUCGAGCUACCAGUCCAGAAUCUACCAGCCGAAGUUCUAGUAAAACUGGACGAGAGACUCCAGAAAAUGGAGAAACUGCAAUGGGUGCUGAAAAUUCUGAAAAAGUAGAUGAAAAUUCAGACAAAGAGGCAGAAGUAGAAGAAUCUUCCGAGAAAAUAAAAGUCCAAAUAGCGCCUAAAGUAGAAGAAGAACAGGAUUUGAAAUUUCAGAUUGGAGAACUGGCAAAUACCCUGACAAGUAAAUUUGAAUUCCUGGGGAUUAAUAGACAAUCCAUCUCCAACUUUCACAUGCUGCUCUUACAGACUGAGACUCGAAUUGCAGACUGGCGGGAAGGGGCUCUUAAUGGAAAUUACCUAAAACGAAAACUUCAGGAUGCUGCAGAACAACUAAAACAGUAUGAAAUAAACGCCACUCCUAAAGGCUGGUCCUGCCACUGGGACAGGGAUCAUAGGCGAUAUUUCUAUGUAAACGAACAGUCGGGCGAAUCUCAGUGGGAAUUCCCAGAUGGUGAGGAGGAGGAAGAAAGCCAAGCACACGAAGUUAGAGAUGAGAUUCUUCCUAAGCCGACUGUGAAAGAGAAGACCUGCAUUGAUCCAAACUCCACAGAAUCCUCUGAGAAUUCCACAGGUUCUCUUUGUAAAGAAUCAUUUUCUGGUCAAGUUUCUUCAUCACUCAUGCCACUUACUCCCUUCUGGACCCUCCUUCAGUCAAAUGUACCCGUGCUUCAACCACCAUUACCUCUGGAAAUGCCACCACCCCCACCUCCACCCCCAGAGUCUCCUCCGCCGCCACCUCCUCCUCCUCCGCCACCUCCUCCUUUAGAAGAUGGUGAGAUUCAGGAGGUAGAAAUGGAGGAUGAAGGAAGUGAGGAGCCUCCUGCCCCAGGAACAGAGGAGGAUACUCCUUUGAAACCUUCAACACAGACCACGGUUGUAACGAGCCAGAGUUCAGUUGAUUCUACAGCCUCUAGUCCUCCAUCCACUAAAGCAGUAAAGAGAAAAGCAGCAGAAAUUAGUACUGCAGUGGUCCAGAGAUCAGCUACUAUUGGUAGUUCUCCAGUUCUCUACAGCCAGUCAGCUAUAACUGCAGGUCACCAAGCAAUGGGAAUUGCACACCAGGCUGUCGGGAUGGCACACCAAGCAGUAUCAGUUAGCCAUGCAGCAGCAGGAAUGGGUCAUCAGACCAGAGGGAUGAGUCUGCAGUCAAAUUACCUUGGACUAGCAGCAGCACCUGCAAUUAUGAGUUAUGCUGAAUGUUCUGUCCCAAUUGGAGUGACCACUCCAUCAUUGCAGCCAGUUCAGGCUCGAGGAACUAUGGCAGCACCUGCCGUUGUAGAACCACCACCACCACCACCUCCUCCACCUGCACCUACACCCACACCACCACCGCCACCACCAGCUCCCAAAGUGCCACCACCUGAGAAGACAAAAAAAGGAAAGAAAGAGAAGGCAAAGAAAAGUAAAACCAAAAUGCCAUCUUUGGUAAAGAAGUGGCAGAGUAUCCAGCGGGAGUUAGAUGAGGAAGAUAAUUCAAGUUCCAGUGAAGAGGACCGGGAGUCAACUGCUCAGAAGCGCAUCGAGGAGUGGAAGCAGCAGCAGCUGGUCAGUGGCAUGGCAGAAAGAAAUGCUAAUUUUGAAGCCCUUCCCGAGGAUUGGCGAGCAAGACUGAAGAGAAGGAAAAUGGCCCCCAACACAUAGUUUUAAAUUAAAAAAAGAAAAAAAAAAAACUUUUUGUUUCGUGUUAUGUUCAGUCUUAACCAGUUUUAAACUGCUGUCAGAUGAACUGUAAAUGUUAUGAGGAAGAACAUACAUUUCUGGGCAAGAACAUGUGCAUUCGAAGUUGUCCAUUUAUGAAGUGUAGUUUUUCUGUUUGCUGAAGAUGAGGUGAUUGGAAUUGCUUUGCCCUGCUGUCUCUUCACACUGGCAAACUUAGCAUGUUAGGUAUGAGCCAGUCUUGAACAUGUGAGUCGUCAGCAUGAAACCUCUGUAGAGGACUCACUGGCAACAGUGAAGGGCUUUUCUGCCCAGUGGAGGCUUGUUUAGUUCCUGGUGUGACACUUUCCUUACCUUCUACUCCAGAACAAGUGCAAUUAAGAAGGCAGCUCUGUAUCCUUCCUUGCUUGACUAUCGGGAUCUUUCUGACCUCCUCCUCGAGUCUGCUGCCCCUCAAGUGUUGAGAACUGUGCUGACAGCCACACUUUCCCAGAAAUCCUACAGCACUCUUAUUUACAUACAGCAGGAGUAGCAGCAGCAGGUGUUCAGAUCCUUGAUUUUGAGAAAUCCACCCCCUAAGUAUGUGGUAGUAAGUAAAAUAAGCCACUUUGUGCUUUGUCUUCAUUGUCUUACCGCUUCAAAAAUUGACCUUCCUUCUAUGUGUGGGGAUAUUCACCAUAGAUUUUGGUAUUUAAGAAGCAGUUCACUGUUGUAUACUUUCUGUUGUAUUGCAAUCAGGAAAGGUCACUUUAAACUGAAGAAAAAAACAAAUUGUGUCUUAAAGCUGUUUGUAUUUCUCCAGUUUCAGACAUUGUAAAUUUGUAUAUAUGCACUAAUAAAACUUUUUAUACUUGU